GAUGAAAAGUAGAAAUUGAGGAAACGAAACCAACUUUUUAGCUUUUGGCAUUCCGUGAAGCCAUCACGCAGCACAUGUUUUUAAUAACGUGACGCCAUUUUCUCUCUCUCUCUCUCUCUCUCUCUCUCUCUCUCACCGCCUAGUGUGCAUGUGCUCUCUCCCACACACUAUUUCUCUCUCUCUACUCUUACUAGCUUCUACUACGAAAACGCACACAUAACCAAAAUUCAGUUGCGGAAGAAGAAGAAGAAGAAGAAAAUCAAGUAAAACGAGAUCUUCUUAUUUUCAACACUAUUUCUUCGUCUCUUCCGAUCCAAAAAUGAAGACUCGCAAAGCUUCAAAUCCUGUUAUCACCUUCGAUCACAAGAGGGAUGCCUAUGGUUUUACUGUGCGACCUCAGCACUUGCAGAGAUACCGCGAAUACGCCAACAUAUACAAGGAGGAAGAAGAGGAAAGGUCAGAGCGGUGGAAAUCGUUUUUAGAGAGACAGGCGGAGACGGAGUCUUCUGAAUUGAACACAAAUGGAUCAGCUGUGGUGGAAGAUGAGAAGGUUUCUGGUGAUGAAGCUGCCGGGAAAGAAGCCGAUGCCAGCUCGGAGAAUGGGGUUGAUGGACAUCGGGCAAGCGACCAGACGCCUGGUAGUCCAGCUGAAAAUGGUAGUCAAAAGGAGGAGUUACCGACACCUGAGGAGACAAGAAUUCAUAGAGUCCAGUUAUGGUCAACCAUAAGAUCGUCUCUUCAUACUAUUGAGGAUAUGAUGAGCACUCGUGUAAAGAAGAAAGCUGUGUCAGUAAAAGACGAAAAAAAUAAGAAAGGUGUGUCUAAAGAUGAGCAGAUUACUGAAACUGAGGAAGACUCUGAUGAGGAGUUCUAUGAUGUUGAAAGGUCUGAUCCUAGUCCAGAUACUCCUCUUGUUGAUGGCUUGAGUACCUCUGCAAAUGGUAUUGCUGCUGACGCUGCACCGCUAGAGGAUUCGUCUCCUUGGAAAGAAGAGUUGGAAGUUCUUGUUCGUGGGGGAGUGCCAAUGGCACUGAGGGGAGAGCUCUGGCAAGCUUUUGUGGGUGUCAAAGAAAGGCGGAUAGAGAAGUAUUAUCAGGAUCUACUAGCCUCCAAUGGUGAUUGUAAAAUUAAAACUAAUCAUCAAAACACGCAAUUAGAUGACAGUGAUGGGAAAACAAAUGGAGAGUUCAUACAUGUACCAGAAAAAUGGAAAGGACAAAUUGAGAAGGAUCUACCGCGGACAUUUCCUGGUCAUCCUGCUUUGGAUGAGGAUGGUAGAAAUGCUUUGAGACGGUUACUUACUGCAUAUGCUCGACAUAAUCCCUCUGUUGGUUACUGUCAGGCCAUGAAUUUUUUUGCUGGCUUAUUGCUGCUUUUGAUGCCUGAGGAAAAUGCCUUUUGGACUUUAAUGGGCAUUUUAGAUGAUUAUUUUGAUGGCUAUUAUUCAGAGGAUAUGAUAGAGUCUCAGGUGGAUCAACUUGUUUUUGAAGAGUUGGUGCGGGAGAGGUUUCCCAAAUUGGCCAAUCAUCUAGAUUAUCUGGGAGUGCAAGUUGCAUGGGUUACCGGACCAUGGUUUCUUUCCAUUUUUGUGAACAUGCUUCCUUGGGAAAGUGUUCUUCGAGUGUGGGAUGUGCUUCUUUUUGAAGGAAACCGAGUCAUGCUAUUUAGAACUGCAGUUGCUUUAAUGGAGCUAUAUGGUCCAGCACUGGUAACAACAAAGGAUGCUGGAGAUGCAGUAACUUUACUUCAGUCAUUAGCCGGCUCCACAUUUGAUAGCAGUCAGCUUGUAUUGACAGCUUGCAUGGGUUACCAAAAUAUAAAUGAAGUUCGAUUGCAGCAGCUGAGGAAUAAACAUAGACCAGCUGUAAUAGCUGCAAUUGAAGAAAGAUCAAAAGGGCUUAAAGCUUUGAGGGAUGCUAAGGGUCUCGUAUCAAAGCUAUUUGAGCAAUCGAAUAAUGUGCCAGUACUUGGGAAUUUAUCCCGUUCAGAAUCUGGAUCUACUAAUGCAGAUGAAAUUUUGAUUAGUUUAACUGGAGAGGGUGAGAUAGAUUCAGCUCCAGAUCUUUCAGAGCAGAUUGCAUGGCUGAAAGUUGAACUUUGCAGAUUAUUAGAGGAAAAAAGAUCGGCUAUUCUCAGAGCAGAGGAGCUUGAAACGGCGUUAAUGGAAAUGGUUAAGCAGGACAAUAGGCGGCAACUAAGCGCCAAGGUAGAGCAACUUGAAGAAGAGGUUGCUGAGCUUCGACAAACACUUUCUGAUAAACAAGAACAGGAAACUGCAAUGCUUCAGGUCUUGAUGCGAGUGGAGCAAGAACAAAAGGUGACAGAAGAUGCUCGCAGGUUUACUGAGCAAGAUGCAACUGCACAAAGAUAUGCUUCCCAAGUGCUUCAGGAAAAGUAUGAAGAAGCAACUGUUGCACUUGCAGAAAUGGAGAAGAGAGCAGUUAUGGCAGAAUCUAUGCUGGAAGCUACAUUGCAGUAUCAGUCUGGCCAGACUAAACUGCAACCAUCUCCACGAUCUUCACAGCCAGAAUCUCCAGGAUCUAGAAACAACCAAGAGCCUACGACAGAUAUCCCUCCUAGGAGGAUAAGUUUGCUUUCUCGUCCAUUUGGACUUGGAUGGCGUGAUCGAAACAAGGGUAAACCUGCUAAUGUGGAUGAACCAGCUGAGGUUGAAAGUCCCGUAAGUCAACAAGAGGGAAAUGGCCUUAAAGUACAGGAUGAGGUGGAAACAAGAUAGUAUCAAUCAAUACAUUUCUCUUUACUUCCCCAGACGGUUUGAGGAGCAAGAAAUGAGUUCCCUGGCUGAAAUUUUUGUUCUGGGCGAACAUAUAUUUUCAUAUAUUUCAUUAAUUGUUUGUUCUUUAUCGUAUGUCAUAGAAUAAUAAUAGUAUUGGAAAGUAAGUGUACGAAUUGUGAUGCAUCUCACCUUUAUUGUUCUAUACAGGUCAUAUAAUGUGUUUUGCACAGUUAUUAUAUAUAAAAAUGAGGAUAAAAAAUGAAAUUCCUAAA